AUGGCUACAACCUCCUUUCUCUCCGCAUUUGUGGUUCUUCUCCACUUGGUCAUCACCACGCACGGCCUCGGCAUAAACUACGGCACGUUGGCCGAUAACCUUCCGCCGCCGGCGACGGUGGCUAACUUUCUGAAGACACGGACGACGCUCGACCGCGUGAAGAUCUAUGACGUGAACCCGCAGAUCCUGCAGGCCUUCGCCAACACAGGCAUCCCCGUGACGGUGACGGCCCCCAACGGCGAUAUCGCUGCCCUCAAGCAAAUCGAUUCGGCGAGGCAGUGGGUGGUCACGCACAUCAAACCCUAUCACAAGCAGACCAAAAUCCAAUACAUCCUCGUAGGCAGCGAGGUGCUCCACUGGGGAGACGCCACCAUGAUCCGCGGCCUCAACUCCGCCAUCCGAACCCUCCACGCUGCCCUCCUAGCCGAGGGCAUAACUGACAUUAAGGUUACCACUGCUCACUCGUUGGCGAUAAUGAGGUCAUCAAUUCCGCCCAGUGCGGGGAGGUUCAGGCCAGGGUUCGCAAAGCACGUGUUGGGCCCAAUGCUGCAGUUUCUGAAAGAGACCAGAACGCCCUUCAUGGUGAACCCGUAUCCCUAUUUCUCGUACAAUGGUAAGAACGUGAACUUCCUUCUCUUCAGACCAAACCGCGGCUUGUACGACAAGUACACCAAGCUCAGCUACACGAACCAGUUCGACGCUCUGCUGGACGCGGUUUACUCCGCCAUGAAGGAUCUGGGGUACGGUGACGUCGACAUCGCCAUAGGGGAAACGGGAUGGCCCUCCAUCUGCGACGGUUGGGACGCCUGCAGCGUGGCCAACGCUCAGUCAUUCAACGGCCAACUCGUGAAGCACUUGGCGAUGGGCAAGGGAACGCCGUUGAUGCCCAACAGAACAUUCGAGACCUACAUCUUUGCUCUUUUCAAUGAGAACCAAAAGCCCGGCCCAAUAGCAGAACGCAACUGGGGCCUGUUCCGACCCGAUUUCACGCCCGUUUACGAUUGCGGAAUCAUGCGAAACGGACAGAAAGGUGCACCUUUAGCGCCAACAAAUCCUGCACCUGCAGUUGGAGAUAAAAAAUGGUGUGUGCCAAAGGCAGCUGCUACUGAUGCAGCUUUACAAGAAAACAUAAACUAUGUGUGCAGCCAAGGAGUUGAUUGUAAACCAAUUCAACCUGGAGGAGUUUGCUAUGCCGCCAACAACGUCAAGGCACUUGCCACUUAUGCCAUGAAUGCCUACUACCAAGCCAAUGGCCGCCAUGAUUUCAACUGUGACUUCUCAAACACUGGUGUCAUUACUACCACUAAUCCAAGCCAUGAUCAAUGCAAAAUCUGA